AUGGCGACUUGGCGGCGGGACGGCCGUCUUACGGGCAGCCAGCGGCUGCUGUGCGCGGGGCUGGCGGGGGCGCUCAGCCUCAGCCUCACCGCGCCGCUGGAGCUCGCCACCGUGCUGGCCCAGGUCGGCGUCGUGCGCGGCCGCGCCCGGGGGCCGUGGGGCGCGGGGCUCCGCGUCUGGCGGGCCGAGGGGCCCCGCGCCCUGUGGAAGGGGAACGCUGUGGCCUGCCUGCGCCUCUUCCCCUGCAGCGCCGUUCAACUGGCCGCCUACCGCAAGUUUGUUGUGCUGUUUACGGAUGACCUGGGCCACAUCUCCCAGUGGAGGUCCGUCAUGGCUGGGAGUCUUGCGGGCAUGGUUUCCACCAUCGUGACAUAUCCUACAGACCUCAUCAAAACCCGGUUAAUUGUGCAGAACAUGCUGGAACCAUCUUACAGGGGGAUCCUCCAUGCCUUUUCUACUAUUUAUCAACAGGAAGGGUUCCUGGCCCUUUAUCGAGGGGUUUCCCUUACUAUUUUAGGUGCUCUCCCUUUCUCUGCUGGCUCCCUUCUAGUUUACAUGAACCUGGAGAAAAUCUGGAAUGGACCCCGAGAUCGGUUCUCUCUCCUCCAGAACUUUGCCAAUGUCUGCCUGGCUGCCGCGGUGACCCAGACACUCUCCUUUCCCUUCGACACGGUGAAGAGAAAGAUGCAGGCUCAGAGUUCCUACCUUCCCCACUGUGGAGGAGUAGAUGUCCAUUUCUCAGGAGCAGUGGACUGCUUCCGGCAGAUAGUGAAAGCCCAAGGGGUCCUGGGGCUUUGGAAUGGAUUGGCAGCCAACUUACUGAAGAUAGUUCCAUAUUUUGGAGUUAUGUUUGGCACCUUUGAGUUCUGCAAGAGAAUCUGUCUUUACCAAAAUGGUUACAUCGUGUCUCCUCUGAGCUAUAAAUUGACCCCAGGGGUGGAUCAGAGUUUGAAGCCUCAGGAAUUACGGGAAUUAAAGAAGUUUUUCAAAACUGGACAACUAAAGUCUAAAAAACCAACUCUUUAAAACUGGAUGGAGCUAGAAGUGCACUGACUGAAGGUGUGUUGCAAUCAGAGAGAAAUGUAGCCUCAGAAUUGUGCACACGUGGAGUGACAAGAGGGUGCUGCUGUCUGCUGCUCUUGGAAAUGAGAAGAUUCAGCCAUACCUGAGCUCCAAACUGAUGGCCCUGUAAACACCUACGCCACCAAGGGUUUCCCAACAUGACCGUCGCAGGAUGGCAGCCCACCAGGUUUUACAACAGAACCUAGCAGUAGUGAAAUGUGCAAUUUACACUCUGAAUGUAAGUAGGCAAUUUACACAACACCAAAGAAAGGGCAUUGCCAUGACUCCUCAGAGCAACAUGUAGUUGAAGUGGCUGGGCAGAUAACACGCCGGGAGCUCUGCCACAGGCUCACAGCUUACACCAGCCCACAGCAGCCUAGUUUCACCCAGAUUCACUCCAGGCUUCCUGAUACAGUCCUGGAACUCAUAAUCUUUGCUGACUUCUGAGUGCACACACCAUGGUGUAAAUUAUGCCUUAUCAGAAACUACAUGAAAACAUUUAAAAGUUACGACUGUUGAGGAGGAAAACAAGAUGGUGGAGUAGAAUGACGUGCUUUCACUCCCUCUUGCAAGAACACCAGAAUCACAACAAGCUGCUGGACAAUCAUCGACAGGAAGACACUGGAACUCACCAAAAAAGAUACCCCACAUCCAAAGAAAAAGGAGAAGCCACAAUGAGACGGUAGGAGGGGCACAAUCACAGUAAAAUCAAAUCCCAUAACUGGUGGGUGG